AUUGGCCACGUUCAGACAGAGCUGAACGAGUUUCACAGGGCACUAGCACACCACUGGAGCAGGGCUACCGCUCCACCUGCUGGACACCCGGCGGCUCCGAGGGGCGCGGCGAGCCUCGCCGGCGCUGCGGCUGCGGAGAGCGGCCGAGCCGGGGAUCCCCUGGGUCGGGGGAUGUCCCUCAGAGCCCGGGGUGCGCUGCCUGGGAACCAACCACGGGGGAUCUCCUUCAGGGCCCCGCCUGAGACCUGAGCCAUCAGCCCACAGCUUCUCCCCGGCCCACGUGGAGCCCGCCCCGCCGCGGGGCUGCGGGAGCCGCCGGCCGGGACGGGCGGGACUACAGGGCCCAGGCUGCCGCGGGCGGGAGGGCGGUGCCGCCGCCGUGCGCCGCCGCCGUGCCGGGGCUCGGCCCGCCCGCCGCGCCGUGAGCAUGGCCGGCUUCGCCGACCUGAACCUGCCGCAGGGAACGGACAAGAAGUCCCUGCAGAGCCUGCUGGAGGCCGCGGCGCACCUGGGAUAUUCUGCAGUUGCACUUAAUCAUGUCAUCGACUUUAAAGAAAAGAAACAGGAAAUCAGCAAGCCAGUAUCCCCUUCAGAGUUGUUUCCAUCUUUACCUAUUGUACAAGGGACAUCUAAAAGAAUUAAAGUCUUGACCCGGCUAACACUUGUUGUUUCUGAUCCUUCCCACUGUAACCUCUUGAGAUCAACAUCUGCAAACAUAAGGUUAUAUGACAUCAUAGCAGUAUUUCCAAAAACUGAGAAACUGUUCCAUAUUGCUUGCACAACACUAGAUGUGGAUCUGGUCUGCAUAAAUGUAACAGAAAAGCUGCCAUUCUACUUCAGAAGGCCCCCUGUGAAUAUGGCAAUAGAUCGAGGCAUUUACUUUGAACUUCUUUACACGCCUGCCAUCAAAGACUCUACUAUGAGAAGAUACACAAUUUCAAAUGCCAUCAGCCUGAUGCAGAUCUGCAAAGGAAAGAACAUUGUUAUAUCUAGUGCAGCUGAAAGGCCUCUAGAGCUCCGAGGUCCUUAUGAUGUGGCUAAUCUAGGUUUGCUGUUUGGCCUGUCAGAAGGUGAAGCAAAGGCAGCUGUGUCCACCAACUGCAGAGCCACCAUGCUGCAUGGAGAAACUCGAAAGAGUGCCUGUGGCGUCGUGUACACGGUGAAGAAGCCUCGCAAAGUUGAGGAGGAAGAAACAGCAGUGCCAGCCUGCAAAAAAGCUAAGACUCAAGCUUGAGGACUGAACAAGUUGUCAACAGAAGCCUCCAUCUCUUCUUUACCCAGGGUUGAGUCUUCCUCCAACCUCCAGCCAACCUAAUUUUUCGCUUACUACCUUGCUUUGCCUGCAGAAGAAUUACUCUUCCAGCAUUCAAGUGAGGAAAACUGUGUGAAUGAGACUGUGAAUAGUAUUCACCACAUCUGAAAGGUCAUGCUGGGCUUCUGGCCAAGGGCAGGAGACUGAUUCUUCACCCUCCCUUAGGUGUCCUGGAGUUAAUGCAAACUCAACAGAACAUUUCUAAUGUGGAAAUUUUCACUUGUACACGUGCAUUCCUUUUUUAUUAAAAACAUGUCUAAGAACACAUGCCUUCAUAGUCUAGCUCUUCUGGUUUCCCAGGUUUUAAACAUAUCUCUGUACAACUGCAAGCCAGUAGAUGAAGUUUACUUUCAAGUGGCCUGUGAAGAAGAAUAAUAAUACAUUUUUUUAAAAUUGCUUGCUAUUCAGUUUUUCAAUCAGUGGGUAUAAUGAAGAUCCCAGGAUUUGUCAGUUCCUAAGAGGUAUCUUGGAUUUGGUUACAGUGGGAGUAACUGACCUGACUUGCCACAUGCAUAUCCCCAAAGGCCAUCUGUGUCCUCAGAACUUAAAAUCAAACUGUACCAUUAGUUGUUUGGCAGAGGUGGGAAGGAAGAGCCUGAGGUUACACAGAACGAGUGCUCAGCAGGGGACGUUGCAGUGUAGGAGCUGUCUCACCUAGGCCUGAGCAGCCUCCACCUCACAUCACCAUUUUCUUCUUCACUUCCUGCUCUGGAACUGUUAUCUAUGCACGUGGUCAUUUUGCUGCCUCUUGCAUUUCUGUUUUCGUUCCUUUUAAUGUCUCAGUAAACCGAUCUGGCUGCCAAAAAAACAAUCAAACAGAUAUAACCAGCAGAGCAUUUUCAGAGCUCUUCCAAAUGUUGACUGAAGGUUAUUCCUUUCAUUAAAUGAAUAUAAAAAUCAUAUACACUACACUGUACUGAGAUACUGUUCAGCCAUUUUUACUGUGAUUGUUCUCUACUGGUACCUAACAGCAAGUUGAAAAGUAGAAAUUGUAACAUGUAAAACACACUGCAGAAAUCUGACAAUGGGUCAUUUCUGAGCUCUUGGAAACUGGACUGGGCAGAAUACAUGAAGUUCUCAUAGAUUUAACAGUUCUAUAUAAUGCUGGUCUAAGUCACAACAGCUUUUGCUUCAUUCAACAAAUAUGAAAUAUGUUUCCUGUAUGUUAUUACUUGUUGACUUUGUGACUUGAGUCCAUUUUAUUAUAGGUAUUGGGAAUUUUUUAUAUAUGUGUGUGUAUAUGUAUAUAUAUAUAUGCAUAAUGUAGUUUGUCAUUUAUGGACUUACGUCUAAAAGGGUGCUCUAACCAGAGAAGAAGCAAAAUGUGUUUGGUGCAGUUUUCUGAAUGACACAUUAGUCCUGCCUUGGCCAGAGAAUAACCUACCUUGGGCUUGAUAUAAGUUCUUUGGUAAAUAACAUGUGAAAGGAGGCUUUGAAUGCUUGAGAUCCUUCUUGCUACUUGUUUGACUUUUAAAAUUUAACUCUUCAUCAUUGCCCUUUAUUAGAUACAUGCUUCAGGAGCUGAUUGAAAAGUUUCUUCUCCCCCAGUUUCCUGAAGCACAUUGGUGUGGCCACUUGGGUGCCUGAAUGAUUGAACUGCUGCUGGUUAGGUAAUGAACAGACUGAGUUAGCCAGCACUGAUGUCAUUUCUGUUCCUGCCAGUCUUGCUGCCAGUGUCCAGGCAAUUGGGCAGGAACAAGCAGGGAGGUCAUGGCUUGCAGUGAAGGGCAGCAGGUGGAGGUGAGCUGUAGUUUCUGUGGAGAAGGAUGUGUGCACAAAUCAGGCCUGUGGCUGGCAAGGUGGCACUCGUGAGUUAUGGUCCCUUGGGUGAGAAAAGUGUCAUCUCUCUGAAGCUGUUGUCCUCAGCCUUACUCUAGGAGAGCUGCCUGCAGACACAAUAGGUGGUUCUUCUGCUUGCUCUUCUGGGUUUUGUUCAAAUUCACUCCAAAACUGGCAUUCCAGGAAAAGCUAUUCAUUGCUGCCUACUUCCAACUCCACCUCAGGAUAGUGCCCAGGACAUUGCUUUGGCUAGACACUAAAGCCAGCUGGCACAGGUUGGUGAAGCAGUGUGAGAGCCUAUGGCAUAUUUGUCUGUCAGGCCACCCAAUGGAUAAUCAGGAAUUCAACUGAAUGCAGCAUCUAAAUACCCCUCAACUCUCCCACCUGGAGUGCUGUGUCCAGCUGUGGAGUCCUCAGCAGAGGAAGAACAUGAAGCUGUUGGAGUGUGUCCAAAGAGGGCCACAAAGAUGGGAAGAAGGGUGAAGCACUUCUGUGUGGAAGUGCUGAGAGAGCUGGGGUUGUUCAGCUUGGAGAACAGAAGGCUCCAGCAUCACCUUACUGGGGUUAAAGGGGGCUUAUAAGAAAGAUUACUCCAGAAUAUUCAUCACAGCCUGUUGUGAUAGGACAAAAGAUAAUGGGUUUAAACUAAAAAAGGAUGGAUUUAGUUAGGAUACAAGAAAGAAGUCUUUUACUUGGGUAAAUGAGGGUGGUGAAACACCAGCACAGGUUGCCCAGAGAGGUGGUAAAUAUCCUAUCCCUGGAAACAUUCAAGGCCAGGUGGGACAGGGCUCUGAGCAACCUGAUCGUGUUGAAAAGGUCCAUGCUCAUUGCAGAGGGGUUGGAAUAGAUGAGCUUUAAAGGUCUCUUCCAGCCCAAACUGUUCUGUGAUUCUAUGAAAUGGGACAUCAUGCUCUGGCUGGCAGCCUUGAAGCUUGUCCUGCUUCUGCUAAAGCAAAGGGAGAAGUGUCUGCCUUUCCUAACAGAACUUGGCAUCUCUCUUGGCUUGGAUAACUGGAGCUGUCUCAUGCUCCACAUAGUAGUGACUAACUAAGAGAUGAUAUUUUUUAAAUCAAACUCAGUAAAGGAACUGUAACUUUCUUUUACUAGCUAGUUGAAAUACUGUCUUUCUGCUUUCACAUGUGCCUCCAGUUAACAAAAUAAGUGAGAUGGGGUUUAUCUAACAGUGGCAGGGAGGUAGCGCAAGGGAUGGCUGCUCUUGGCAGCUGAGACUUCUAAGUUUUUAAGAAUUUUGCAGCAGACACCAUGUGAACUUCCUUUAAAGAGAGAUAAAAUUACCCCAUGCAUGCUCACCACUCCAUCAUCCACUCCAGCAAGUAAAAAGAACCACUCAGUUAAUUUAAUCUGAAAUGGAUCAGUUCAAAAUGUACAGAAAAAGCAGUACAAAUUUACAAAUAUACAUCAUCUGAUUUUGCAUUCUUCUAUCAUCAUGCUUUGGUAGUAGUCUAGUUUUUAAAAAAUUCACUUCCCUGAUACAGUCUCCUCUCACCUUCACAACAUUAUAUCUGAAUCCUUCAGUCCAAAGGGGUACAUGGUGAUUGGAGCUCUGUCCUCGAGCUCGUUAUCAACCAUGAUUGCCAAACCCUG